CUCACUAGGCGCAGAGCGACAUGAACGCGGAUGCCGAGGGCCACAGCGGUGCUGUGGAUCCCGCGCAAUCUCCAGAGGGCAGUUCCGCGGCGGACGACUUCGUCCCGUCCGCGCUGGGGACACGAGAGCAUUGGGAUGCUGUUUAUGAGAGAGAACUGAGAACAUUCCAAGAAUAUGGGGAUACAGGAGAAAUCUGCAGUGCUGAACUGGUGAAACAUGGUUUCUCUAAUAUAACUGGGAUUGAUUAUUCUCCUUCUGCAAUUAAGCUUUCUGCAAGUAUUUUAGAGAAAGAAGGACUAUCUAACAUUAACUUGAAGGUAGAAGACUUUUUGAAUCCCUCUACAAAGCUAUCUGGAUUUCAUGUUUGUGUUGACAAAGGGACUUACGAUGCCAUAAGUCUUAAUCCUGACAAUGCAGUUGAGAAGAGGAAGCAAUAUGUGAUGUCUCUCUCCAGGGUGUUGGAAGUAAAAGGCUUUUUUCUAAUAACCUCAUGUAAUUGGACCAAGGCAGAGUUGCUAGAUGCAUUCAGCGAAGGAUUUGAACUUUUUGAAGAGCUGCCAACACCCAAGUUCAGCUUUGGAGGUAGAUCUGGAAACACUGUAACAGCUUUGGUUUUUCAAAAAAGGGAGACUUCCUUGGACAAAAUCAGUUAGCUUUCUAGAAGAAACUGCAAAGUAAACCUGAUACAGAAGAAGGAAGUGCAAAUAGUGCUUAGUAAGUACCCAGGCUUAGUGCAAAUAGUACUUAGUAAGUACCCAGGCUCCACAGAAUGAAUAGGAAUAAUGGGUUGAUGGGAAGCCACAAGCAUGGGAAUUAGUAUUUAGAUAUCAAUUAAAAUAAUUUAAAAUUUUCUUUUGUAUUUGAAAUAUAAAUAUUUUUUAUUGUGAUUUAUGACAGUUUUCUGUAGCUGUUAAUCAGUUGAGAACUUCAAAGCAGUAAAUGAAUUUAUAGAAAGAAUCUGUUUUGUUUUUUGUGCUUUGAUACAGUUGAAUAUGUCUAUUUAUGAAGACUUGAACAGUUUCAAGGCCAGAAUAGUGAAGCUUUUUUCAUGCGUUAAUAGAAUAUGAUGUAUGAUAAACAAUGCCAUUUUGGGUUUAUAGCUGGGAGAGCUCCGUGAUUGUCCGUGAUGUGUAUUAAGCAAAAUCAGAGAAAUUGAUUAAAUACAUGUUAUUUAUUUAAUUAGAGA